AUGGCUCCUGGUUGUAACGAAUCACCUAUUUUGCCCGCGACUGCGGAAGAAGUCACAAGUAUUUCCAAGUACAACGAAGUGGUUAAUAAGUUAGCAACAUGCAUUGUAAGUGCAGUAAAUGAUGCUAAGAGUGUAACGGCCGCAAACAAACGACUGAUUACAAUUGCGGCAGAGGAAAUACGGAGGGCUAAUUUGGUCCUUACUAACAUUACUUCCACGAUUUCCAACCCUGCUGAGGAACUAAAAAAUGACAUAAUCACGAGUGUUAGAGAGGAGAUUAAUCAGUUAAAGAAAUCAAUCAACAAUACCGCCCAGAAUCGCUCAUCGUAUGCUGAAGUUGCGUCAUCGAACGUUCACCAAUCUACAACAAAAAACAAACAAACUGCAGCCCCACCUAUUACCAAGCCAGCGAUAAUUGUCACCCCCAAAACAGAAGUUCAAAAUAAACAGGAAGCAAUAAAUGUUUGGCGUAAAAGCAUAAGUUUCCGCGCUUCGAAAUAUGCACCGACUCGCGUCCAAGCUGUAUCUAACAAUAAAGUUCGCGUCGAGUUUGAUAGCGAAGAGGAUCGAGACGAAACUUUGAAACGCCUUUCCGAUUCGAAGGAUGUGACUGCUGAACCGGCAAGAAAGUUUAGGCCCAUGAUCAUUCUUAAAGGAAUCUCUGUCGACACGGCAUCUGAGGAGCUACUCGAUAUCAUUAAAUUCCAGAAUGCUGACCUAACUGAACUUAUCACGCAACAAGAUGACUUAAGACUAUGUUUUAAACGCACGAAUAAAAACCCCAAUCUAUACAACGCGGUUUUCAGAGUUCAACCAAAUCUUUGGCGGAAAAUCAUUAACAUAGGAAGAUUAUCUAUAGACCACCAGCGUAUUCAUGUUGAAGAAUUCUCACCAUUUAUGCAGUGCCAUAAAUGUUAUCAAUUUGGACACACUAAAAAUAAAUGCACUGCAGAGAACACAGUUUGCGGAUAUUGUUCCGAAACCACUCACCAUAUUUUCAACUGUCCUCACACAGCCAAUCCGGAGCGCGCACAGUGCACUAACUGCGUAGGACAUAACAGCAAAUUUAACACAAAAUUAGAGACCAAACAUAAGGCCACAUCCACUUACUGCCCGAGACUGCGAAUCAUGAGAGAAAAAAUACUAAACCGCAUCGAUUAUGGAUCAAACCAAUAA